GACUGGUUGGUAGACGGGCAUUUAGCAAUAAAAUGUACGGACGGUGUACUGCCAUGGGAUAUUAUAAUAUAAAAAUUAUAAGCCAUCGACUGUGGUCGUUUGUYUGCAGUUGAUACCAGCUGCGUGUCACCGUCCAAUUUCUACCGACUCGCCGUACAGCCUACCCCUGUGCCAGGUCCCUGUUUUUAUAUUCGACUUUCGGAGUGUACCGUAUUGCGCUAUUACUGUAUAGUAUUGUUGUGUAUGUCUGUAUAUUAGGGUUGUGCCUGCUCUGCCGGCCGGGUAAUAUUUGCAGGGGAAUGCUCACCGCGCAGACGCGAAUUAAUAAAACGUUUCGCACGACUCCGAUGCAUAUAAUAAUAAUAAAGUUUAUGCGCUCACGCACUACGCGUCUACGCUGAAUCCUUUACCUUUUAAUUAUGUUGUAAUUUAAAAUAUCGUCGAUUGUCCGUCAAUCGCAUAAACGCAUUUCUAUGGUCAUCAGUCAUAAUCAAUAAUAGUCUUUCGUCGUAAUCAUUGCAGCGUGUUCAUGCCGUUCGUCAUUCAUCGCGAGCAGUCUGUACUCUGUUGGUCUCGUGUCGCGCCAUGUAUAUAGUAAAGUAGUUGUAUAGUUUAAAUAAUAUUUAAUACAAUCUAAAGUGCGGUUUUUUCGCGUCCGCCACAAUCGAAUAAUAAUUCUUUUUAUGGGAAAUGCGUUCGCACGUUAUCGUUUCAAAUGUCAAUAACGACGACAACAACGUUGUUAAUAAUUGUCGGCGCAGCUCCGUUUACGACCGUCGUGGUGACGAUGGUCGACGGUAGGCUCUGYGCUGUUGCUGCUCCGGGUUUGUGAGACAGGGGAUGCGGCUGGCCGGUGUUCUUCGCUCACCGGGCGGAUUCGGUCCGACGUCAUAGCCUCAUAUUAUAACGUCAUCAUAUUUAGCUAUUUCAUUUUGUUCCGAAUUUCCGAUGGAGCAAGUCAGAGUAGUACGCGAGUGUCGUUGUCAUCCCGCCACCGCGGCUGAACUUGCUGCGUUUGAAAUUAAUUUUUUUUUUUAAAUAUAACUUCCCCCCAGAACACCAUGUUGGUCAUACACACAUGAACGAUAUUACAAAUUUAGUACUACCUGAUAGACUCAAUGAUGAAAACUCGAAUACGUCUGUUGCUGCUCUUGUUCACUGGUGCGCUGACUUUGUUCGUAGUCUAUUUUGUCUUCGAUGAGAAACCCACCAGUGUAGACGUCAAAGACAACAAGUAUUACAGUCAAAAACUUAAGCCACCAACCCAUUACAAACCUGCAAAGCAACAAUAUAUAAUACAUCCACCGCAUGUUGAACGUACAUUACCCAAUCGAAGUGGAAUCGUUCCUAGAGACGCAGCUUGGCAAAAAGUCCAAUCAACAAAGUACAAAUUUUUCGUUUAUUCAGCAUACUUAGACACAAGAAUUAAAUCUGCAGGGCCAUUGGUACGAAUAAUUGGUGCGACCAAAACUCGAAAACCAGAUCCAGUUUGGUGUAGGUUAUGGUAUGGAAAUAGUUCCAAAACUGUUUCAGCAUUGGUGAAAGCAAUCCGUGAAAAUUGGAAUUUAAAGUACAGUGCAGUAUUUGUGUUGUGCAAAUUACCGUCUGAUGGAAACCAUCCAUUAAGUGUAUCCAUUGUGUCUCAUAUUAAAGAUCCAAUUACAAAUGAAAUUCUUAUUCAAAUGCCAAAACCAACUAGUCAACUCAAGACUGAUAUAGAAAUUUGUGUUAAACCAUUUCAUUAUUUUUAUGAUCGAGCAAUACAACUUAUGGAAUUUGUUGAACUAAAUUAUUUACUUGGGGUUGGACAUUUUACAUUUUAUAAAAACACUAUAGGGCCAAAUGUUGAAUGUGUUUUGGACCGUUACACAAAAGACAAUUUGGUUUCUGUUUUACCUUGGCAGUUAGAUAUGGUAUCCAAGCAAGAUAUUAGAACUGAAGGAAUGUUUGCUGCDCUUAAUGAUUGCUUGUAUAGAAAUAUGUACAAGUCAAAAUAUGUGGCAUUUUUAGAUAUAGAUGAAAUUAUUGUUCCUAGACAAAAUGAUACAUUAAUUAAAUUAAUUAAUUGGUUAAACAUUUAUCAAACUCCAGCUGCUUAUUCAUUUCGUAAUGCAUUCUUCUACAUGCAAUGGGCUGAUGACGAUUCAUUACCAUCAGAUCAGAAUCCAUUUCAUUCAAAUCUUGUUGUAUUACGUAAAACACGGCGUAAGACUAAACUGCAUCCACAUAAACAACGUUCAAAAUAUAUUUGUGAUCCUCGACGAAUAGUAGAAGUUGGAAAUCAUUUUAUUUGGGAAUUUUUAAAUCCUAGUGAUAGUACAUUUUAUUUCACACCAGAGCGUGCAAUACUCCAUCAUUAUAGGGUUUGUGAGUAUGGAGGAAAUGAUUGUGUAACUGCAGACUCUACAGUGGACCGCACUGUAUACAAGUAUAGAAAACAAUUGGUUGACAGAAUAACAAAUACUCUUAGCAAUUUAGAUACAAAUUGUCUAAUAGAAGCUCAAGCAAACACUAAUGAAACAAUGUACUUCUCAAAUUAAUUCUUCUUGAUAACAUUUCAUUUUCAUAAAGUGUGCUUCCAAUAAUUUAUUAAACAUUAUUGUUUUUAACAGGGUGAAUUAAACCUUUAAACUAUGUAUAAUGUAUAUUAGUAUUGUGUGAAAUAUGUGUAAUUUAUGAGUCAAGAGUAAAUUUACUCUGGACAAUAUUAGAAAUGGAAAAAAAUUAUCAUACUCUUAUACCUUACUUGAAAUAAAAAAAUAAGUGAA